AUGUGCACAGAUAAAAUGCCGAAGGAGCUGACCGGAUGCCACAAUUGCUCGCAGCGACGUAUCAAGUGCGAUCAAUCCCGUCCAAAAUGCAACAAGUGCUUGCGCAAGGGCCUGGACUGUCCCGGCUACGGAAUCCGAUAUAGGUUUAAUGAUGGGAUAGCUUCCCGUGGUAGAUUUGCAGGGCGCACAAUCCCCAUCGACCCGACCGCAAAUAUUCAAAGACGACCCGAGCAAACAACAGCCCCCGUUCUACUGUGGCCAGAUGGCACGACCACUUCGACUGCCGAUCGACUCAGCCCCGUGUCGGUAUCCCACGACUUCGAGGACAUCGAACUGCUCUCAGGCGGAGACAAUAGCUUGGCAACGUUCCAACAUGAUACUACACACGGAGCCGAGCCUCUUCCAUUCGCGGGGGCAUUUGCAGGGCACUCGUCAGAUUUAUCGCUCGAACCCAUAGUCUGCGCCUCGUGUGACUCGAUCCAUCAAGAUGGAGCCUGCCACGAUGAGAUUCCAACAUCCCUCCAGCUCAUCGGUCCGCAAUAUCGAGAAUUAUUUGCGCACUUUUCUUCAACGAUUGCACCGGUGAUGGUGGUCCUGGACGGCAAAUUCAAUGGUUACCGUGAUCUCAUUCUUCCACUUGCAUUUGAAGAUCCGCUGGUCAGAUCUGCAGUGUGCGUCGUCGCCAUGCACCACCUCGCGCAUCAACGGCCAGGUUUGCAGUCUCGUGCUGAAGCCGGAUUCCAAUCCAUCAUUUCUGAGCUUCGCUUGCGCACAUCCACUCAAGCCGAUCUAGUCGACAUCUCCGCUUGGACCACGAUAAUCAUCCUAUUGACCGGCGAAACGAUCACCGGCGGUACCAAUCUCCCCUACUUGUUCAAGAUCCUUCAACACCUCGCCGAUGCAAACACGAGAGACGGCCGAGACAGCGUGAUGCACUCAUUUCUGACGGAACAGACUCGCAUGAUGACGCUGUUUGCCCAACCUCUCCUAGGAGAGAGCUCCGGCGCUUUGACUCUGACCACCCGACCUGCCGCGUACUUUGACUUCAUUUCCAACGCAGCCAUUUUCCACCCUAUGCUUGCGCCUCAGAUCGGAAUGUAUAAGUCCGCCAUCCAUAUGGCCUGCAACCUAUACUUGAAACGUGUCACAAGCGGCCCACCUCACGAUGAGACUAUCGCGGAUCUCGAACGCCUCAAACGCUUGUGUGAACGAAUCCCUCCGGCUACUCCGGGGCAUCAUACGCUCGUGUGGGUGUAUUUUAUUGCUGCAGCGGAAAGCUCGACACUGGAACAUCGCGAGUUCUUCACAAUGCGACUGCAAGAGGUAUUCUCGCGCACUAGAUUCCACAACAUUCCGACUGCGCUGGCAGCCUUGCAGGAGUUUUGGAAGGUCCAAUCGGAGAGAAGGUGGACCGAGGUUCUCCCAGAGGUCAUGCCUGUCUUUAUCAUUUGA